AAAAAAAAAUGAAAAAAACCUAAAAAGAAAAAGUGAACUAGAAAAUGUUUAAUAAAUGAACGUACUCUGAUUGGUGCAUGACAUUUUAGUUUAGUGUUUGUUUUGGCUUUUGCUGGGUGUAUCCAAUUAACACGUACGAAUUGCAUCGUUUUGCCAAUAAAUGUAAUUAAUCACUUUAAUUAACAAUAUUCGGGUCUAUUCUAAGACCUUUGUGGAAGAUCUUCUUAGUUUUAAAAACGUACAUACAAAGCACCGAUAGUCGACAUGGCUCAAUCGAAACCAAUAAAUAAAGUGUUCAGUUACGAGGCAUGGGUUCACGCAGUGGCUGGAGCUACGGGCAGUGUGUUCGCGAUGUCAGUCUUCUAUCCUUUAGAUACGGCUCGAUACCGGCUACAAAUUGAAGAUCCGAAAAAACGGAAGGCAUUGAGCACGUUCCAACUAAUUAAGCAGUUGAUUCGAGAAGAAGGUGUGUCGACGCUAUAUCGUGGCAUGAUCCCAGUGCUACAAAGUUUGUGCAUAUCGAAUUUUGUGUAUUUCUAUACGUUCCACAGUUUAAAAGCGCUGAGUUCAUCGUCGAAUCAAAGUGCUGUUCGAGAUCUCCUAUUGGGUUCCAUUUCCGGUGUGGUCAAUGUUCUAACGACAACGCCGUUCUGGGUGGUCAAUAGUCGGUUAAAAAUGAAAGGAUUGAAUGGAAAUCGGGACGAUGAAACCAACAAGUAUUCGAACUUGGUCGAAGGUCUUCUGUACAUUGCUCAAGUUGAAGGCUGGCAGGGUCUCUGGGCCGGAGCAAUUCCAUCGUUGAUGCUGGUUUGUAAUCCUGCUCUGCAAUUUAUGAUGUACGAAUCGCUGAAGCGUCGAAUCGCCAAAGUUGACGGUCAACCAUCCGCAAUGAUGUUUUUCCUGAUCGGCGCUAUAUCCAAAACUUUUUCGAGCGUAAUCACCUAUCCACUGCAACUGAUUCAAACGAAACUGAGGCAUGGAAAAUCGACCGAAUCAAUGAAACUACCAUCCAAUGCUGGUGUCAUUCAAAUGCUGCUGCAUAUUGUAAAAACCAGCGGAGUCGAGGGUUUGUUUCGCGGAUUGGAAGCGAAAAUUUGGCAGACCGUGCUGACGGCAGCUUUAAUGUUUGCAACCUACGAAAAGAUCGCAAAGUUUGUGAUGUCACUGUUGAUUCGGAAGAAAGUAACGAAACAGUAGCGAUGGGUUGGGUGAACCAUGUUAAGCGGUACGAAAGCAAGAUUAUGAAGAUUCGAUGUAAAAAGUCGGUAAGAUUUGAGUUGAAAUGUGACUUGAUUUCCGUAAAAUCAUUUUUUUUUCGUCACAGUUGCGUUUAUAUUGAACCUUGUGCCUACAAGAUGGAGCUUAAUCGAAAAAGAUCACACAACGCUAACGAGACUUUUUUGUGACUUUUAGCACAUUGAUGACACGUAUCAUUCCCCAUAAAUUUGAAGAACAUUCCAAUAUCCAUUUUCGUUUACAAAAUUUUGAUCUAUGAGACAGAAUAUGACGCAGAAUUUAGCUGUUUGUUCUUUGUUCUUGAUGAAUGUCUCAACUUUGUGUUUUACGUGAAUGUAAAACAUUUUGCAAUUUGUUAAGCAUCACACGGUUUCACGUUAUCAUCAUUCACAUCUUAUCUGUGCGAUAAAGACUUUCGAUUCUACAUCGAAUCAUCGAAUCUGCUUGUGUGCCGAUACAUAUUAUAGUCGGUGAAAUAUGGUUGAAUGUGAAUAAAGGUGAAUGGGAGUAAAGGUCGAUUGUGCAUCUAUUUAACUAACCAUGACGAAUUUUAGUGUUCUCUUAGAUUUUCUUAGUCAUGACAUUAGACGGGUCUAGUCAAAGAUAUUUCAAUUUUUUUUUUUUUGUCGGCGUAUUUAUAAUACCACUGUAAGGCAAAAGGUGUUUGUUUGUUUAUACUAUUUAUUUAUCGAAUAAAUUAUUGGUUUGGCAAAA